AUGACAAUUGAUCCAAAUACAAUAUCGGCGACGACUACUCCAUUUGCACUUAUCGACGAAUACAGUGCUAUUGAAACUGAAAAAGAAAUCCUACUUUCAAUGCAUACUGUUUUUCGUGUCGACGACAUCAAACAAUCAGUUAGCAAUAGUCGUCUGUGGGAAGUUCAAUUGAGUCUCACCGGCGACAAUGAUCCACAAUUAGCUGCUCUUACUAAUCGCAUACGAGAGGAAGUCGAUGGCACUGGAUGGUAUCGAAUGGGUAAACUGAUGAUUCAGGUGGGUCACUACAAUCAAGCUGAAGAACUCUACAAUGAAUUACUCAAGAACGCUUCCAGUGACAGUGAUAAAGCAUUUAUCUACCACCAGCUUGGAUUCUUAAAAGACAAUAAAGGACAAUAUCAAGAAGCAGUUGCAUUUUAUGACAAAUCAGUGGAGAUCGAGAGAAAAAGUCUUCCGGAAGAUCAUUUUUCAUUGGCCCCUACCUACACUGGAAUUGGUCUUGCGUAUAACAACAUGGGUGACUACUCUAAAGCACUUGAAUUUCACGAAAAAUCACUUAAAAUUAAAGAAAAAGCUCUGCCUCCAAAUCAUCCCGAUUUGGCUACUUCCUACAACAACAUCGGUGGAGUGUAUAAGGACAUGGGUGACUACUCGAAAGCACUUGAAUUUUACGAAAAAUCACAUAAAAUAAGGGAAAAAGCUCUGCCUUCGAAUCACCCUCAUUUAGCUACUUCCUACAACAACAUUGGCGGAGUGUAUAAAAACAUGGGUGAAUACUCGAAAGCACUUGAAUUUUACGAAAAAGCACUUAAAAUCGACGAAAAAGCUCUGCCUUCGAAUCACCCUCAUUUGGCUACUUCCUACAACAACAUCGGUCUCGUGUAUAACAACAUGGGUGACUACUCGAAAGCACUUGAAUUUUACGAGAAAUCACUUAAAAUAAGAGAAAAAGCUCUGCCUCCGAAUCAUCCCGAUUUGGCUCAGUCCUACAACAACAUCGGUCUCGUGUAUAACAACAUGGGUGACUACUCGAAAGCACUUGAAUUUUACGAAAAAGAUCUCGAAAUCACAAAAAAAGCUCUGCCUCCGAAUCAUCCCUCAUUGGCUACUUCCUACAACAACAUCGGUUUGGCUUAUUAUGGCAAAGGAGACUACUUAAAAGCACUCUCAUUCUUAGAAAAGGCACUUGUUAUCCGUCAAAAAUCACUUCCGCCAACACAUCCUCUAAUUAAAGAAACGAAAGAUAACAUUGACUAUGUAAAAAAGAAAAUGUAG